AAACAUCUUAUUCAUUAUUCAGAAGUUUAAAAAAAUAAGAUAAAUACUAUUGUGCAUUUUAAUGUGUAUAAAUUCUAAAAAUGUAUAUAAAAAUUAAAAAAAAAAUGAAUGAAAAAUUGAGUUUUAGUGAUACAGUAAUAUAGUGUAAGAGAAAGAGGUACAAGAGCGCAGAAAGAACGCCGUCACGAAUCACAGUAUAAACGGUCAAGAACCAAUUUGAAAUGGGAAUUGAUUAUCGAUGAUUAGUUCGGUUAAUCGUGUGAUAUAUAAAUUAUUAUAUUUUGAUACAUUUAUUUUUCUUUCGAAAAAAUUGAAAGAAAUAGAAUAGGUGAUGAAAAUAGAAUUUAAGUAAAGAUGAUUCAGAAGUUUUUUUGGAUCGUGAAAGUAUUAAGUCAAUGAUAAUCUGAUUUAAUUUUGAACAACUGAUUGAAAUUUUUAUGUUAAUUGAUGAAAAGAAAAUAUAAGAAUGCAUCAAAAUAGAAAGAAGAAAAAGCGAGUGAACUACGGUGUAAGAGCAGUGGAGGUGUUACGUGGAAUGAAAGGAUUUGGUUUUACGAUCUCGGGACAACAACCCUGCAUAUUGAGUUGCAUCGUUCCAGGGAGUCCUGCAGAUAUUGCUGGAUUACGAGCCGGCGAUUAUUUAGUAUCUGUAAAUGGUCACAAUGUUAGUAAAUUACCACAUGAUGAUGUUGUACAAUUAAUUGGUCGUUCUAAGGGUAUUUUAAGAUUACAAAUAGCUGAAAAUUAUUAUUCUGAUUCUUCGGAUGAAGAAGGAUUAACGGCAAUACGCUGCAAACCUAAAUAUAUUCAUAAACCUCGUGCAAGUAACAUUGGAGCAUUACAAUUACAAUGUAGAGUUGCUAAAGUCGUACGAGACUUACAAAGUGGUGCUAUGUUUGAUGUAGCUGGAAAAACACCACCUGAAUUGCAAAAUCAUGGAAAUUAUUGUAACUUACAUUAUCAUUGGGAUAUGUCUAGUCCUCUUCCACCUCCACCACCACCAACAUCUCAUAAAAGAGAUUCUGAGAAAAUAGUACAUAGAACAGUUGUUGGUUAUCUUGGUACUAUAGAUAUUCCAAAUCAAUUACAUCCAUCGUGUAUGAUGCAGGUAUUGAGAAAAUGUAUCAAACGGUUGAAAGCUGAAAAAAGAAAUCCAACUACGGUAUUGUUAACAAUACAUGUAGCAAAUAUAAAGCUCACUAAUUCAGAAAAUCGUAUUAUAGCAGAAUAUCCAUCCUAUAGAAUAAUAUUUUGUAAUUCCUUUUCUGAACAGGACAAACAAUAUUUUGGCAUAUUAACUAAAUCUGUUAAAGAUAAAGAAAAUAUUGUUUCAAAUUCUUGUCAUGUUUUUACAAUUUAUUAUAAAUUAAUUGACCAUGUAGUACAUUCUAGUGUAUGCAAUAUAUUUGGAUUUACAUGUACCAAAACUUCUGAAUUAAAUGUAUGUCAGGAAUUUCCAGAUAGUUGCAAUGGUCUAAUAGGUGCUAUACAAACUCUAUACAUAUCAGAUUCUGCAGCUACUGAUACAAAUCCAUAUAAUGAAAUGCGAAGACACCAAGAAACAGCUUCUCCACAACCGAGCAAUAUAAGUACAUCAACAGCUCAUUCAAGUAAUAGUGAUUCUGGAAUUGGUUAUAAAGAUGAUUGUACAAGCCGUUCUGAUAAAAAUAUUAUUCAAAAUGUUUCCCAAAGAAGAUGUCCAACUUCAGAAUAUAGGGAUACAUGUGAUUAUUCAAGAUCAUACAAUAAUGAAGCGGAUUUAAGAUUAACGGUACGAGCUGUAUCAAAUACUUGUUGGAAUGAAGCAAAUAAAUUAAACAUGUACAAAGAUAAUUUGAAAUUGCCUCGUGAAAGUGUUGUUUUUAAUGAUUUUUGCAAUGAAAUAAAUACGGAAGUGGUAGAAAAUUCCGAGAUGAGUUCCGAUACACAAAACGGAAUAAAGAGGGGGGAUUUGCCCACCUGUCCAUUGCCAUCUGCUUCAACAGUUAAGCAGGGGUUGCUUAGUUCGUCCGUUGGUUCUCUCGUAUCCGUUUGUACUAACGCGAUGUUGCAUGGCUUAGAAGAUGCCAUUGAAAUAUCUGAUGAUUCUGUAAUCAAAUCGAAACAAUUAUCGAAAUUUACAAGAUUAGCAGAAUCAAAAGAAAUUGGUAUACCAGAUAAAUUUAGUCCAAAAGUUUUUUCUGGUAUUUCCAAAUCUUUAGUGCAUAGUUUUGAAGAUCUUAAUACGAGCAUGGAUUAUGUUCGACCACUGUGCCAAACCUAUUCAGAUAAAUCGGAUAAUUCACGUCCCUGGGGAAGUUUGCAAGAAAUACGAAAUGUUGGAACUUGUGUGCAGAAUAUCUGUUUGCACGGUAGUACAGAAUUAUGUAAUAAAAAUACUGAUUGCAAAAAUAUACAUGCAUGGGCCAGUGGUUUUGAAAAAUUACUAGAAGACCCAAAAGGUUUACAAACAUUUGCAGAAUUUUUGAAAAAGGAAUUCAGUCAUGAAAAUAUCUAUUUUUGGGCUGCUUGUGAAAGGUACAAAGAUACUAAAGAUGUUUCUACAAGACGUAAGUUGGCUAAUCAAAUUUACCAACGUCACUUAUCUACUACAGCAGCAGAACCCGUAAAUGUUGAUAGUCAUGCAACUGGACAAAUAACACAAGAACUUCUUAGUGAAUCGCCUGCUGAUCUUUUUUUACAGGCUCAAAAACAGGUUUUUAAUUUGAUGAAAUUUGAUAGUUACCCAAGAUUUUUAAGAUCUGAUUUAUAUCGUCAUUGUGUAGAAACAGGAAAUUCUAUAAUUGGAGUAGAAGAUUGUGAUUUAAAUCUUACCAGUUCUCCUAGUGUAAAAUUAAAAAAGAGUCAUUCAGAUGCAGAAGAUCGAUGUAGAAAAUCUAUUCUUCCUUGGAAUAGAAAAAACAGAUCUAAAUCAAAAGAUCGUGGUGAAUCUGAAUAUAAUAAAGGUCCUAAUAGAAAUGAAACUAUAUAUAAAAGUUUCACAACUAUGAAAAGAGAAGCAGAAGGUAACAAUAAUGACGACAGUAUUUCUAUAUCUAGCAGUAGAUCUUCACUUGCAUCAUGGGAUUUGGCAUUAAGACAAUCAUUUCAUAAACAUUCUUUAUCGUCCUACGAAGGACAGUCAAAUGAAACUAAAGAAGUUCGUGCCAAAUGUACCGGGUUAUGUCGGGUAAUAUUACCCGAUGGAUCGACUACGGUUGUGCCAACUAGCCAAAUGGAGAGUAUUAAAGAUGUGGUUACACGCCUCCUUGAUAAAAGAGCUCUCAGAUAUUCUAACUAUGAUGUUCUAAUCCUAGCUACAGAUGAGAUUAUAGAUGCAAAAUAUCCUUCAUCAGUACUGGCUGGUCAAGAAGUAGAAGUUGUACCAACCAAAAUAUUGAAAGUAGAUUUACCUUCUCGGCGAGUGAUAACUGUGAUCGCACAUAAAGGCAGAACUCUUAAAGAUGUAUUGAGGCCGCUUCUAAAUAAAUAUGGUUUUAAUUUAGAUAUGGUUACUGUAUGGAGUGAAAAUCACCGUAUUUGUAUGGAUAUACAAGCUAUUGAUGCUCCCGUAAGACUGAUUUUAACAAAUAUAAAAGAUCAAGGUAAAAUAUCGGAUUCCCAAAAAGAGCUAAACACAAUUAAGUAUACACAUGAUGCGUCAAAUUCACAAUCCACUUUAGAUGAAAUUACAAAUAGAGUAUUUGAAGAACUUUUAGUGGGCAAAGGUUCGAGUAAAUAUCAUUAUAACGAUGGCUCGUGUAAGUCUGAUGAUCAACGAUCUGAGGGUUCAUCUAUUUUGCCGAGCAAAUUUUUCCUUCGAGAUUCUACAAUGCAUGGAAAGAAAAAGGGAGGAAAGUCUAAAUGUAAUAUAAACGAAAAAAGUAACACGAACGAUUAUGUUCCUGAAGAAACUACUAAGUCUCAUCCUCCUUUAAUAGCGAAAUGGCGGAACGGAGUGAAACUUCAAUUACCAGGAAAAUUUGAUGGCGAAGAUUUAUAUGAAGGUUUAAAACGAGCACAAAGAUCUAGAUUGGAAGAUCAAAGAGGCACGGAAAUUAAUUUUGAAUUGCCAGAUUUUUUAAAGAACAAGGAAAAUGGUAAGCCGGCGGAUCGCAACAAAGUUCGAAGACCUAGGAUAGUAUCUACCAAUUGUGAAGCAAACGCCAAGUUUUAUAGUUCGAUUCAUGAACGGCAAAACCAUAGCGGGCAUGAUCAAAAUACAACGAUGACAACAUCAAUAACAACAACAACAAUAACAACAACAACAACAAAAACAACAAUGAAGAUGACGGCAACAACUACGUUGGCUUCAUCAAAGAAUGAAAAUAUCGAUGAACGAUUCCAUGUAUUGGCUACUGGAAAAGAGUUGCAGAGUAAGUCUCCAGAUAGUUCGUUCAUAUUAGAUACAACUUUAACGGAUGGAGAUCGAACUGUUGUAGAGAACGGAUCUUGUUCCCAAACUACUGGUUUCGGUUGUUUCGAUACUCAAGUCAACUCCGUAGGAGUAAACAAAUCAUCGAAACCUCCUCCGCUUCCGCCAAAACCAAAAAAUCUUAUAACAUGUGCAACGAAAACUGGAUAUAUUGUAUCUCCGAAAUCUUUACCAAAGUCUAAUUAUGCUGUUUCUUUAAGUCCUACCGAAUUUACUCGAAAAAAUAUUUUAUAAUAUAUUUGAUUAAGAAACCAAUAUUUAUGUAUUGGUUCUUACAUAUUUUUGCUUUUAGAGUAAAACGUGAAAUGUUCCACAAAAAAAGCAAAAGAGUGUUAUCUAAUCAAUUUUAUUAUAUAUAUUAUGUAUUCAUAUUCGUAAAAUGAAGUUGUACGAAAACGAAAGAGUUGGUAGUAUUAUUUAGUGCCUUUUAGAAUUUCGAUAAUAAUUUUGUAUCAUAAUACUUUUGAUUAAUGUAAAAUAUCUGAUUCUUGAAGAUGUUUAUUUUAGUGGUAUUCUUAAUGUGUUUUUAAAUGUAGUCGAUACAUAUUUAUGGUGUUUUUACAAUACAACUGUUACUUUCCUAGUUAUAUAGGAUAUAUAUUUUAUAUAUUGUAAUUUAUAGCGAAUGUUGUUGUACGUAAAUGAUGAAAAGAAUAUUUGAGAUUUUAUAUGUAUUAAAUAAAUAAUAUAAACUUUGUUUUA